AUGGCGAAGAGCCGGAGGACAGACCAGGCUGCCCGUAUCCCAGAGCUGGGGAGGAGGGCUCGGGUGGGGGGGCUGCAGAGAGGCCUGGGCCCAGAGGGCCUUCACGGUGGAGCUGGGGGGGGGAGUGGGGGCAACCUGUGGGUUUGCCAGCUCAGCCCUAGCUGGAAAUGCCAGGCCUGGGGCCACGCCGGUGCCAGCCCCACAACUGGGAAGUCCUGGAGAGUGGGGGAGGGAGGGACAGAUGGGACCUUUGUCUCCGAGUAUUUCUCGCAGAGCUCCCAGAAACUCUCGCCCUACAGCUGGUACGGGAAUGCCAAGGUCUUCCGCUUCCGGGUGCCAGAAGACGCCGUGGUGCUGCGCUGGCUCCUCCAGGUGUCUCAGGCAAAGAACCCCAAGUGUGGGGCCACUCAGGCCACCAUCCACAUCCGCUUUGGUGCUCCCCCUGUCAUCAACCCGCUGGGAACACAGUUCCCAGGGAACACCAGCGUGCGCCUGUCCUACAAUCAGACCUUGACGCUGACCACCGGCCUGCAGAACAGCACUUUUGUCAACCUCACCAGCCCGGCAGCAGGCGACUGGUUCCUUGCGGCCCACCUGCCGGAGCCCACCGGCAAGAUCGAAAUGCAGGGUUUCUCCACGCCGUGUGUUUACAUCUUCCAACCGGACAUGUUUGUGCUGCGCUUGGUGGACAUGCCAGUCCUGGAGCCCAACGUUCCCCUGCAUCAGACGAUGGCCUGGCCAAGGAGGGUGCUGCAUGCAAAGAUCUUUGUCCCUGCCUACAGCGCCACACUGCGCUUCCAGCUGGGACGCUGCACGGUGAAUGCUUCCUCUGCCUGCACCGUUCGGGUCACGCUGGGCUCGGCCACCCUUCCUCCGUCCUUCCAGAAGGUGCUGAAUUGCACAGGGUCCUGCAGCCUGCUCCUGGCCUCGCCCCCGUGGGAGAAGUGGCUGCCGGUCACCGUGGAAAGCCUUCCCGGCUCCAGCCCCAGCCCCAGCGUCUCCUUGGAUAUGACGGCUUCCUUCACGGCCUGCAGGCCCGGAGGGUCCGGCUCCUUCCUAAGCUUCUUCCGGAGCCUGAACCGGACGCAGGGAAGCACUGCCAACGCCACGGGGCUUACGAAGGCCAGCGCUCACGAUGCCUCGGGCCAAGAGGGCUCAUGCCUGCAAGGGCAACCCGUCAUCCGGGAGGACCUGGACGUUGUCUCCGUCCGGUUCCGGAUCCUGGGCGAGUCCAACGUGACGGUGCAGGCGGAGCGCCCGACCCUCCUCCUCCUGAACCUCAACGCGGGCACAGACAGUGGAGGCACCUUGGUGUUGAACCUGCUGCUCAACGAGACCUCGGCAGACCUUGGAAAUGCCACUGUGUGGGCCUGCUUGAACCCAGCCUCCCCUGUGCUCUCCCCCAACGCCACCACCGGGGGCUGCCGGACAGCUUUUGCCGAGGGCUAUUCGCUGAGUGUGAGCAGGUCCUCUGCAGAAGCGUCCCUCGCCGUCCCCUACCCAGAGAGCGACAACUGGUUCCUCUCCCUGCACCUCCGUUGCCCAGAGUCCUCGGCAGGGAACUGCGACCAAGCCAAAGCCCGGCUGGCUGUCGUGGCCGUCCUCAGCCCCUGCUUCGAGGACUGCGGGACCUACGGGCAGUGCAGCCUGAUGAGACGCCACGGCUACCUCUACGCCGGCUGCAACUGCAAGGCCGGUUGGCGGGGCUGGAGUUGCACCGACGGGACCAAAGCCCAGAGUCUGGGGACCCAGACCUUGGCCACCCUCACGCUGACCCUGAGCAACCUCUUCUUCCUGCCGGCCAUCGCGGUCGCCCUGUACCGCUACUACCUGGUGGAGGCCUCUGUUUACACUUUCACCAUGUUCUUCUCCACGUUCUAUCACGCCUGUGACCAGCCGGGGGUUGUCGUGCUGUGCAUCAUGGAUUACGACACGGUGCAGUACUGCGACUUCCUGGGCUCCGUGGUUUCCUUCUGGGUGACCAUUUUGUGCAUGGCCCGCAUCAAGAACAUCCUGAAAUACGUCCUCUGUGUGGUGGGGACCCUGUUCAUUGCCAUGUCUCUGCACCUGGACCGCCGAGGGGUGUGGAACAUGAUGGCGCCCUGCCUGGUCGCCAUCAUCCUCAUGACAGCUAUUUGGGCUUCCCGUUGCGUGACCAGGCGGCAUUGCUACCCACCCUCCUGGAAGCGCUGGGCCUUCUUCCUCUUCCCAGGGAUCAGCCUGGCCGUGGUGGCAGUCGUGGUGUAUGUCUUCAUGGAGACCACGGAGAACUACUACUACACGCACAGCCUGUGGCACAUUCUGGUGGCCAUCAGCUUGGUCUUCCUCCUUCCACCGGGAGACAAGCAGCAGCAGGAGCCCUGGGCUUGGUCCCGCAAGCUGUUCUGUCGCUAUCAGAUCUGCAAGAAUGACCGGGAAGAGCUCUACGCAGUGACGUGACCGUCCUGAGGGUGGUAGUGGGGGGGGGAAGCUCCCUCCCCCCCACGCCCUUCCUCCCGACUUGUGUGGGUUGGGUGCUAGCUCCUUGGUGGUGCUAGAUGGAGGCUGGGGCCCGCAGGGGAGAGGCAUGCGUUAGGUGAAAAACAGGGAGCUCAGCAGUCCCCUCUCUGGACGGCUGGCAGCUUGCUUGUUUUCCUCCUUCCAAGGGGAGGCAGGCGUGUCGUGGAACCAGGAACGAGGAGGGUGGGCCAGGAGGGAGGCUUAGAGAGCCCAGUGCUGAAGAAGCUCUGGUUCUUGGGCCCCAGACCCAGCAGAGCAGCCGGUGGCGGCUGCCUGGAGCAAGGCCCUUUGCCCAGAGUGACAGAACCUGGCCUGGGUGGCAAGCAGCAAACCCCAGCAGACCCUGUGGCUGCCCCUCUCGUUGGGGAAAUGGGGCGUUGUUUAGCAAGGUGCCUGGCCCUGGGCAGGCGGGGCAGCUGGCAUCCCUCUUCACCCUGGGCUUUUCCCUCUCGUGGCUGGUUUGCACAGACAGGGUGGCUGCCCUCCUGGGCUUGUGAGGCAGCAGCUCUGUAGCCUCUGGCUUGGGCUCUGAGUGGACCAGGCUGGUCCGGCAGCUGCACCUUCCUCUUUCAUCAGCUCCUGCCGCUGUGUGUGUCCUCCUUCUACCAGAGCCUCCCAGGCAGGACCUACUUGAAGGAAGCCCCAUGGAAUGUCCAGCUCCUUCCCCUCCACGUGCACACCAGGCACGGGGCGGGUCCUGUGUGCCUCUCAGCCAGGCUGCUCUGCCUUCUGACCCGGGAACCCUCUUUCCUCCUGGGGCAGGUGAGGGUUUGGGCAACUGGGAUUAUUUCUGCUCUCUUGAUUUCUGGCUGCUGCUCCUGGCUCUCCCUGCCGGUCCCCUCAGGGAAGGCGGCUGGCGCUGCUGGGCCAGGACAGAGUCCUUUUAAAAAUUACUUCUCUAGAAGCGAAGUGGGUAUCUUUUUCCCAUUUGCUGCGGGAAUGAAAAGGGGGCACUAACCUUAAAUUAAUAACGAGUUAUUUUGUUGAUUACCUCAGGAAGAACUUGAGCACCUGUAGUUUACGAAGCUCAGGUAGUAUCUGGUUCAUGUUGUUUUUCUGUCCGUUGCAUUUUAAAACCUCUGCCUCACCCAGUGCUGAAGAAUCUCUGGCCCUCCCGGGGCUGGUGAACGCUUGCUGCCAGGAUCCCUCGCUGACUGGAGGGGUUCGGUGGGAAUUAGAGUUUGGCAGCUUUGGGGAGGGGGCAGAGGUUUGCCAUUCCUGAUUUAAAGGAAAUGCCUUUUUAUUUGAUUAAUCAUUCUGCACACUGUGCUCUUUCUUCAUUUUUAUGUUUGUUUCUGCCAUUUAAUUAAAAAAAUGAAGGCAGCCAAAAUGAAGGGUCUUUGGCUU